AUGGGUAACGAUGGUGGAAGUAUUCCUACUCGUCGCGAACUUGUAAAAGAAGCCGCCCGCAAUCCAAAUACUUCAGAAUUAAAAGCUACCCUUCACGAAUCACAGACACACGCCUGGACAUAUUGUCCUCUCUCCAAUAAACCUCUCACUACGCCUAUCGUAUCCGAUUGCGCCGGAACGCUCUACAACAAAGAUGCCAUUCUCGAACAAUUACUUCCUAAAGACGAUGAUGUCCCCGCCUCUGUCAUAAGGGAAAAGGAAGAGAUUCUGCACGGACGAGUUAAGGGACUUCGCGAUAUUGUAGAAGUCAAGUUCUCCACGGUCAAGGAAGAUAAGGAAGAAAAAAAGAUAUGUCCUAUAACCAGUAAGGAGUUGGGAGCUGGUACCAGAGCUGUCUAUUUAGUGCCUUGUGGACAUGCGUUCUCAGAAGUUGCGAUCAAAGAAUUAAAAAGUGAUACAUGUGUGGAGUGUAAUGAGGGAUAUACUGCGGAGAAUGUCAUAUCUAUACUUCCCAUAUCGAAAGAAGAUAGCUCAAGAUUAGCAUUGCGAGCGAGUAAGCUGAAGGAAGGAGGACUAACUCAUUCGCUGAAAAAAGCUCCAGGGGGAAAGAAAAAAAGAAAGCACGCGACAGAAACAGAGUCUGCGGUCCCCUCGGAAACCGGGAAAGAAGACUCUCUUCACAAAAGCCAAUCUCGAGCGAAAGAAAAUGGAGUGGCCGACAAGACCCAGGCUCGAAUGCAAGAGAAAGGAAAUGGUCCAGCGACAACAAAGUCAAAUAAUGGACCAUCCACGGUACCUUCAGGUAUUAAAAAUGCAUCAGCGGCAAAUCUAACAGCCAAAGUUUUAGAAGAGCAAGAGGAACGAAACAAAAGACGAAAGUUGGGGAUGAAUGACAAUCUUAAGAGUUUGUUCUCGAAUACCGGAUACAAUGCACAGAAUCAAAAGGGUGGGGAUUUCAUGACAAGAGGGUUCUCGAUGAACAAGAAAUCUUAA